GGCCAAGUUGUAUGUUUUCUUGAACCAAGUCUUCUCAUAACCUCAUAGUGUCGACAUGGUUUGCCAAGAAGAGGUAUUGAUUGAAAAAGUUUUAAAUUUGUAUAAACAAAUUUCAAGUCUUGAAUCUCUCAAACCUAGCAAAAAUGUCGACAUGCUUUUCACCGAUCUUGUCCUCACAUGCAUGCCACCUAGUCCUAUAGAUGUCAUAACCCUCCCAAAAACAUUGCAAGAAAAAAGAUCCCAUCUUAUAAGGCUAUGUGGUGAAGCUGAAGGGUAUUUGGAGAGACACUACUCAGCCAUAUUAGGCUCAUAUCAAAACCCUCUUGACCAUCUCCAUAUUUUCCCUUACUAUUCUAACUACAUCAAACUUGGUCACCUUGAGUUUUCACUCCUUAGCCAACACUGCACUCAUGUCCCUAGUAAAAUUGCUUUUAUUGGUUCUGGACCCCUUCCCCUUACUUCAAUUGUUUUGGCAUCAAAUCACUUGCCUUCAACCACUUUUCACAAUUAUGACAUCGACCCUUUAGCCAAUUCAAGUGCUAUGCACCUGGUUUCAUCUGAUCCUGACUUGUCAAACCGAAUGGUUUUUCACACCAGUGACAUAUUGGAUGUGUCAAACGAUUUGAAAGACUAUGAAAUUGUUUACUUGGCUGCCCUUGUAGGUAUGGACAAGGAGGAAAAGAAUCGAAUCAUCGAUCAUUUAGGGAAGCACAUGGCUCCAGGAGCACUUCUUAUGCUAAGGAGUGCUCAUGGGGCUCGUGCUUUUCUGUAUCCGGUGGUUGAACCUUCUGAUCUUCGAGGCUUUGAAGUCCUCUCUGUGUUCCAUCCUAUGGACGAGGUUAUCAAUUCAGUUGUCAUAUCGCGUAAGUAUCCUAUGCCUAAACACUCAAUUGAUCAAGGUCUUGGUUCCAUGAUCCUACCAAACAAGUGUUCUGAGAUUCAAGUCAUUAACCCCCUUAGGGGCCUCAACCAUGGGAAUAUGAUUGAGGAAUUGACCAUUGAGGAUCAACUCUUGUAAACUCUUACCCUAGCUGAUUUGCAUUAUAUAUAUCUACUACUUAUAUACUUAAUUAGUGUCUCUAGCACUUGCUAGCUUGAAUGAAGAUUGGGUUGUGUCAUUACAAUUUAGUUGUAAUAUAUUUAUAUUUAUGUCUCUCCGAGUGCUUUGUAUUUCAUGGAGCACAACAGAUGUGAUUUUCAUAAUGUUGUUAUUAAAUUUUCAAUAAAUAUAAAGAGAUAUUAUUGUUUA